AUGAUAACGGAGACACCUGCGAAGAAGUCGAAGUCGAAAGGUCAAGCAAAAGACAAGUCCGACAAGUCACUAAAACCCUCCGCCGAACCCACGCCAGCUGCCAGCGAAGAAGAAGAAAUUAUUCGGUGUAUUUGCGGCGAAUAUGAAGAAGAGGAAGACGUCGAGCGGGACAUGAUCUGUUGCGACCAAUGCUCCGCCUGGCAACACAAUGAUUGCAUGGGUCUCACAUUCGCUAAGGGAGAGGAGCCAGACGAAUACUUCUGUGAGAUGUGCCGGCCUGAAAACCAUAGAGUUCUCCUGGACAAGAUUGCGCGCGGCGAGAAGCCUUGGGAGGAGGCCGCCGAGAAAAGGCGACAGCAAGCGGAAGAGAAGAAAGCGCGUCGGAAAAAGGGUAGGAAAGGUGGAAGAAGGGGUAGGCAAAGCGAGCCCAGAACAGAAACAGACACGCCGGCUCGCCACAAGACGAUGUCUGUGACCCCAGCUCCUGCCUCAGUCGUGACCCCCAUACCUGAGAAGAAUGGCCAAGCUCCGGAUGUCCAACCGGUGAGCGCACAGAAACGCAAAUUCGAAGAACACCAAGAAGCGUCAUCACCUGUUCCUGAACCCAGAACGAAACAGAUCAAAGUAUCUCCGCCAGCUAGUACAGUCUCCCGUCGCGAAAGUGAACCCGCUCCGCCCAAGGAGGAUGUGGAUGCUUUCCCUUCGCGUGAACGUCCUGUUGUUGAGGACUUGGGAACCCUGGAAGACAUUUCACACUCAGCUAGGAGAAGCGCUGCCAGUGCUCUUAUCAAGUUAUUUGUAGAUCAGAUUUCUGAUGCUCAGAAGCAAGGAUCUUUCAAAUUACCCGAAGGGAAGUCGGCGAAGGAGAUAGCACAGCAGCUCGGUCUUUCAAUCGAGAAGGCUAUGUAUCAGAAUAUUUGCGGAGGAUCCGGAGAACCUACUGAAGCGUAUAAGUUACAACUGCGGACGGUCUUGUUUAACGUAAAGAAGAAUCCUUCUCUACGGGAUCGCCUGCUCGUAGGUAGUCUGCUUCCGGACAAGCUCUCGCAGAUGAGCAGUCAGGACAUGGCAAGUGAGGAGCUGCAGCAGAAGGAUGCGGAGAUCAAGCGCGAGGCUGAAAGGCAGCACAUCAUUGUGCAAGAGCAAGGCCCUCGAAUAAGGCGGACUCACAAAGGUGAAGAGCUGAUUGAAGACGAGAACCAGACUGUCGCUAGCGAACCUGUUUUCUCAGUGGCCCCUGCCCGUCGAAGCGUGGCAGAGAUCGAUGGGAGUCCUUCAGUGCAAAGCCCAGCGAGUCCCAAGGCCCGACAACAAUCGGAAGACGGUCCCAAGGCUACCAGACCGCAGUCUAUCAACACUCAGGCGAAUGAAGCAAGGAGUCACGCAGGAGCUACCAUCCAUUCACCUGACACUGCUGAUCAUGAUCAUGACCAUGUCUUUCCAGAAGUCCCAACUCACAUACGUGAGAUGCUGCCGACUAACAGGGCCCAGGCAGAUGCAGAAAUCGACCAGUUGCUGAAAGACGUCGAACCUGAAUCGCCUCCCUAUUCUCCGAAGGACUACAACGAGGAAGGUGUCAUUUGGCAUGGAAAGUUGAUCAUGAACCCGGUUGCUGAAUUCUCCUCAACCGCGAAACAUGUUGGGGGAGCUGAUUUGAGUGGAAGGAUACCCUGGAGUCAGCUUGCGCCAUCAACAUUGGUGAUUGAUGGGAGAAUCGACAUUCAACUGGCGAGCAAUUACCUUUGUGGACUACGCUUCAGUGCUUCAACGGACGUGUCAGUCAUCGCAAUUAGUCGUCCAGAAUCUCCUCGAGACCAAGCUGGCUUUGACAAGCUCUUCAACUAUUUCCAAGACCGGAAGCGGUUUGGGGUUGUUGGAAGGCAUCCGUUGCCAGCUGUGAAAGAUACUUACAUCGUGCCAGUUGAAGUUGGAUCAUCAACAAAGCCUGAAUUCCUGGAAAUUCUAGAAAAUAAUACGCUCGAAGAUACAAUUCCAGAGCGUGUAUUGUUGGUGGUCUUUGCAAUCAAGACUGGGGAGUCGAACCCGCCUUCAGCGCAGCCACCCUCGCAUCACCCCAGUCAGGAGCCUGCCUCUAUAGCAAGCCCUCUAACUAUUGCAGCAGCAACUCCCCAGCAACAUCAAUUUUUGACACCUGGGCCAAGGCACAUGUCACAAAUGAGUCCCACUCCGCCGUCUUCCUUCUCAGGGCCUACCCCAUCGCAAAAUCCGCAUGUUCAGCACUCUCAACCGCUCCAACUGCAGCAUCAGCAACAGACAGCCCCUUUGCAAUCUCAGUUCCAGUCAUAUCAACCUCCGGAGCCGCAGCAACAGGCGCUUCCUACCGGCACCGCCGCCGCAGUGCAGCUGCUUGGUGCCCAGGCAACUGCCCCUGCAAUCCAGCAAUUACUUCAAAUCGCGCCAAACGCUGAUUUGACACAAUUGGGUAUUGUUCGUGAUAUUAUUCUGCGGCAGCCGGAGGCCGCCUCGAACUACGAAAUGUUGAUGAAAGCACUAUACCAAGCGACAACGAAUGGGCAUGGACCCCAGCAGGGUGCUAGCUAA